UGAACUUAACUAAUUAGCUUCCCAUCUCCUCCACAUGCACCCAGCCAGCCACCCCCGGCCGACACGUUCACUUCACAUGAUGCCAUGCUGUUUAAACUUUAAACCACCUUAAUCCCCCUUUCAUUCUUUGCUUCUGCUUUACGAUAAUUAAUUAACAAAGGGGUAGCCAGAAGCCAGUAGCCUGUAGCCACUUCUCUACUUGGGCCUUGGCGAGGCCCAAAUCAUAAGGCCUGGCCCAACAACAAAACAAAGCAAAUUAGUUGGUUAGUGGUUCUUCUAAGUUACUAGCCUUGUAUCUCUUUUAUGAAAUGAAACUUGGGUUUCUACUAAGACAGUAUGUUAUUAGCAGAAGGAGCAAAUUUGCAGUGCAAUUCCAUGAAUAUCAUCACUCACCGGAUCAGCUCAAUUCCGUCAUCAACAAUGCUUCUCAAUUCAAGAACCUCAAACACGCCACGCAAAUCCACACCCGAAUCAUCACAGCCAACUACGCCUCCCACCCUAUACUCUUCAACAACCUCCUCCUCCUGUACGCCAAAUGCGGUUCCAUCCAUCAUUCCCUCCUCUUCUUUACGUCAACCCCACGCGCCUCCAUCAACGUCGUCACUUUCACCACCCUCAUCACCUACCUCUCGCGUUUUAACAACCCAUUCCUUGCCAUCUCCUACUUCAACCGCAUGAGAUGCACCGGCAUUUAUCCCAACAAUUACACAUUCUCUGCCGUCUUGCCCGCUUGCGCCCACACAAACCUUGUUACCCACGGCCAACAACUGCAUGCUUUGGUUUAUAAACAUGGAUUUGACACUGAUACCUUUGUGGCUAGUGCCUUGCUUGACAUGUACGCUAAGUGUGGCUCUAUGUAUUUGGCACAGAAGCUGUUCGAUGAAAUGCCCCAUAGAAACCUUGUCUCUUGGAACUCUUUGAUUGUUGGGUUUUUGAAAAAUAACUUGUAUCAUCGUGCUAUUGGGAUUUUUAGGGAGGUUGUCCGCCAGGCCUCGCUUCCUCCUGAUCAGGUUAGCUUUUCGAGUGUGUUUGCUGCUUGUGCUGCUGUGGUUGACAUGGAUUUCGGCAAGCAGGUGCAUGGGAAUGGUUUGAAGCGUGGUUUACUUGUGUUGGUUUAUGUGAAGAACUCGUUGGUGGACAUGUACAGUAAAUGCAGGUUGUUUGAUGAUGCGGCCAAGUUGUUCCAUGCUGAUGGAGAGAGAGAUGUUGUUACCUGGAACGUAAUGAUCAUGGGAUGUGUACACAGUGAACACUUUGAGGAAGCUUGCAGCUAUUUCAGGGCCAUGAAGAGGGAAGGCUUCUUGCCAGAUGAAGCUUCGUAUUCCUCUGUUCUUCAUGCUUCUGCCAGCAUUGCUGCUUUAACUCAAGGAACCUUGAUCCACAACCAGAUAUUAAAGCUUGGGCAUGUGAAAAAUGCAUGUGUAUCGAGCUCACUGGUAAUGAUGUAUGGCAAAUGUGGGAACUUGUUUGAUGCUUAUCGGGUAUUUGAAGAAACUGAGCAUCGCAAUGUGGUUUGUUGGACAGCUAUGAUAGCGGUUUGCCACCAACAUGGCUGCGCAAAUGAAGCAAUUGGGUUAUUUGAGGACAUGCUCAAAGCGGAAAUUGUGCCUGAGCACAUCACUUUUGUUUCUGUGCUGUCAGCUUGCAGCCAUACUGGACAGGUUGAAGAUGGAUUUAGGUACUUCAAUUCCAUGAAUAACAUCCAUAAUAUAGAACCUGGGCUUGAACAUUAUGCUUGCAUGGUUGAUCUGCUUGGUCGGGUUGGGCGGUUGGAUGAAGCAUGGAAGUUCAUUGAAUCAAUGCCAAUCAAGCCUGACUCAUCAACUUGGGGGGCUUUGCUUGGAGCAUGCGGAAAGUACGGCAAUCUUGAAAUGGGCAGGGAGGUUGCGGACAAGCUAUUCAAGUUGGAACCAGAUAAUCCAGGAAACUAUGUGCUUCUUUCUAAUAUCUAUUCACGACAUGGGAUGUUGGAAAAAGCUAAUGAGGUCAGGCAAUUGAUGGGGAUCAAGGGGGUAAGGAAAGAGACUGGAUGUAGCUGGAUUGAUGUUAAGAACAAGACCUUUAUAUUCACUGUGAAUGAUAGGUCACAUUCAAGGACCGAUGAGAUCUAUGAAAUGUUACAGAAGCUAAAGGAGUUGGUAAAGAAGAGAGGAUAUGCUGCUAAGACACAGUUUGCAACCAACAGUGCAGAAGGGUCUGAAGAGCAGAGUUUGUGGUAUCACAGUGAGAAAUUAGCUCUUGCAUUUGGUCUUCUGGUCCUCCCAGCUGGAUCUUCUGUAAGGAUAAAGAAGAAUUUGAGGACUUGUGGUGAUUGUCAUACUGUUAUGAAGUUUGCUUCGGAGAUUUUUCAGAGAGAGAUUAUCGUAAGAGAUAUCAAUAGGUUUCAUCGAUUCACUAAUGGCUUGUGCUCGUGUAGAGAUUAUUGGUGACUGAAAGUUGAAACAUAUGUUAACCAUAUGAACAGAACUGCUUAAUUCAGGGGGAUUCCAGUGUGCUCCCUUUUCACUUAGUUUCAAGAAUAAUACUGAAGUUAUAAUGAUUUCUGACAGAGAUGCAUGGCCAAUCUUUUUCAUGUCUUAAUUCAAAUGUUUAUAAUUGAUUCAGGAUUUAUAGUUGAAGGGAUAUUGUUUCAAGGGCAUCUGGAAAGAAAUGACAAUCAAAUAUGGAAGUGUCGAAAACAUCAGAAACCAUUCACACGUACAAUGAUAUAAAAUACAUGCAUAACCAUUGACAAUUAGUAGAAUGCAAUUUUCGCAACCAAAGAAGGAAGAACGACGUGCUUGAUUUAAGAGUCUGGUUCUUGGAGAAUAUGAAAUUUUCUUAUGUACUGGUUAGUGCUAGGCACGCCUUGUAAAGAUCUUCCAUUGGAUCAAAUUAGGAGUCUUGCAAACUAUGGAGAGCCUUAUAUUUGCUAAGUAACAAAUUAAAAACAGCUGGCGCUGCUUGGUAAAGGUGAUCAAGUUGCAUUGCUGGACUGCAUACAUCUAGCAUAUAAAAAAAAUCAUUUCUUAUUGUUAUGUUUCCACCUAAGGAGAAUUAAAAAUUAUAUUUGUA